AUAACGUGAGCGCUAAACAUGCUGCUACAGGUUCACUUUCGGUUAGGAAAUACUAAAUACUGGGGGCUUUUGUGUGGCGUGGCCGUACACCGUAAUCUCAUCGACACUCCGAGAGAUACACAGAGGGAGAAAGAUCCUAAACUUAUAGGAAAUCAACCGAGAAAUUUCACCCAAAGCUGGAGGAAGGGUUUUGGGUAAUCCAAGCCUACCAGUUCAUUAUCUUUUCACUAUAUUUUCUUUUCUUUUCUUUUGAGAAUAAUAGCUUAUGUCUUAUCUCGCAACUUUUUUUUUUCGCUUUAAUUUCAUGCGCAUCAUUAUCUUUUUUUGGUUGGGGAUUGCUGGUUUGUUGUGGAAUAUCGAUCUUGGUGGUAAAUUUUCACAGUUUUGAUGUUUGGUUUCAUAUCGGGCAUUCUCUGUAUUUGAUGAAAUGUCUUAUUGGACACAGGUUUUGAUUUUCCAUUAAUUCCAUCGGUUUUAGAUCUUUCGUGUGUUUUUUGGUCAUUUUAUUUUACUCAAAUCUCUACUUUGGAACUGCACCGAUUACAUGUGGAAUUUGUGUGGGUAUUUGUCAUUUUGGGUUUUUGGCAUCUCUCUCGUAUAAAAUACCUGUGUACUCAGGCAUGCCCAUUUAUGUUCUCUACUUUGGUGCUCUAAAGUUGAUGAUUGUGUUUAUGCAAGCACCAUGCAACUUGAAGUUUUUAUUUUUUCAAUUUAUCUGCAUACUGCCGUUGGGAUAAUUCAUUAUUGAAAAUCCUCAUUUUUUUGUGUGUGGUGUUUUACUUAUUGAUAUGCUGGACUUUGUUACUUUAGUUUCACUUGUUUAUGCUUGUACAGAUGGAGGGCAAUCUUGCUGAAGAGCUUUACUCUGAAAGUCUGAAGCUGUCCAAGACAGACUUAGUUUCUUCUUCAACUUCCGUUAGUAAAGAAAGUGAUUUGCAUGAUUGUCUUGGGGAUGAUUUGCAGGAUGGAGAUGGACCUAUAUGGGACAGUUAUGGAGAUGAGUUGAAUGAUUCAUCUGAAUUGGACAGGGAAUGGCAGAGGAGACGUGACCAGCAUCAUACACAUGGAUAUCGUGAAGGUAUCACUGCAGGGAAAGAAGCUUCUGCACAAGAAGGAUUUAACAUUGGUUUUAAGCAAUCGGUCCUUGUUGGGUACAACUGGGGUGUUGUAAGAGGUGUUACCAGUGCAUUGUCUUUCCUCCCAGAUGAGUUGAAAGAAAGGCUAAUUGGAACCCAAGAAAAGAGAAACGAAUUCAGGGACUUGUAUGAAUCUGUUCAUUCUCUCUCAACAGCAGACGCACUUCGGUUGUUCAAUGACAAUCUAAUGGCCAAAAAAGCUCUGGAACAAAGGGAAAAUGCAGAGGUUAGUUCUCAUUUAGCAGGCCCGCAGGAGCAAAGUUUAGGCUCUGGUCGUCUUGAUAAUUACAUGGGAGAGCUCGAAUUACUUCUUCCAGACUCUCCUGACCUCAGAGUACAUUUUCGUAGAGAUGAGUAGAUGCUGUUGUAACUUUGGUACCAGUAGUUCCUGUUUUUUAGACAAAAAUGAAAGGGAAAAACGGUGGUUUUUAAAAUUAUUUGUGAUUUUUCGACACUCAUGCUUAGGUGCCGCACUUGUAUAUGUUUAGUGUACUUAGGUUAUGCCUAUUUAUUUUACUGAUAAAAAGAA